GAGACAGAGAGAGAGAGAGAGGGAGAGAGAGAGAGAGAGAGAGAAGAAAAGUGAGUGAGAGAGAGAAAGAAAUCUGUAUUCAUGUGAAGAGUUUUGACAAGAAGACAACAGCAGUAUAUGAUAAUGGAUGCAUGUCAGCGUUUUGACCCAGAGCUUCCUGAAGGGACCAGAAGCAUCAGCAGAACAGAUAUCUCAGGUGUGAAUCAACAUCCAUCCUGCCUUCUCAACCUGCUGCUGGCGCUACAGCAUGUGUUUGUGCAGUGCUCUCUGCUGGUUCUGGUCCUGGGUGUGUUGCAGCAACAUCUACUGUUACAGGAUGGAGAGAGAGCGAGGUUACUGUCCUCUAUGUUGUUCUAUUCCAGUCUCUCCAGUCUGAUACAGAGCUGUCUGGGGACAUGCCUCCCUCUGAUCCAGGCUCCAUCUCUGGAGAUCCUUAUCCCUGCUGUAGUCCUCACUGCCCAGAUUGUUACUGAACCGGCCUGCAGGGGGCACUGUGGGGAGAGUGAGGAAGAGAUCCUACCCAGAGCCAACCCAGUCAGAGAGCUCCAGGGUAUGACUGUGAUGGUGGGCAUGGUCCAGCUGGUUCUGGGCGUGACAGGUCUGAGUGGUGUGGUUCUGAGACACUGCGGUCCGCUGGUCAUAGCCCCUCUAUUGUGUCUACUGGGCUUCUCCAUCUACAGAGAGGCUGCUCUGCUCUGCUCAGACCACUGGGCCAUCGCUGCAUUGACAGUUAUCCUCCUAGUGUUCCUGUCCCAGCAUCUACACUCCUACCUGCUCCCAGCAUGCCUCAGCAUGCCUCAGCUACCUGUCUGCAGGAUGCUCUCUGUGCUGCUCCCCCUACUGAGUGUUUGGGCUCUGUGCGCAGUAUUGGAGAGUUUCGGGGGGGUUCAUCUGCACUCUGUCUCCGAGCUGCUGCCAGUACUGAAGACGAGCAACACUUCCCUUUCUGUACCUUCAUCAUCAGAUCACACCUCCUUCACUGUGCCGUGGCUCAGCCCCCCUAUGGCAGCAGAGACAGGGCUCCCCCUGCUGUCAGUUCGAGGCAUGGCGGCCGGUGUCGUUGCGGCCCUCUCCUCCUCUGUCAGUUCAGUAGGGAUGUACCUGCUAACGGCCCGGCUCCUCGGGGCCCCCCCACCCCCCGCUGCAGCCUGUAACAGGGGCCUGGGGGCCCAGGGGCUGGGUAGUGUGGUCGCUGGCCUGAUGGGGGCGCCAUUGGGGCUCAGCUGCAGUGUCCCCAACGCCUGUACUCUGGGACUCAGCCAGUCUGGGUCCAGGUGGACAGUGCAACUGACAGCCAUCUUGGGGCUGGCCCUAGGAGUGUCGCCUCGACUGACACAGCUCAUCACCUCUGUUCCCUUGGCCAUCUACGGUGCUAUUCUCAGUGUAACCUACACUAUUGCCGUGGCUACAGGUGUGAGGUACUUCCAGUUCACACACAUCGACUCUGGACGUAACAUCUUCAACAUCGGCUUGGCAGUCUUCAUGUCUCUAGUGCUGCCUCACUGGUUCCGCAUGCAGACCAGCUUCAUUGACACUGGUAUGGUCAGUGUUGAUGUCCUUCUCCAGUCUCUUCUGACCUCGCCUGUACUCCUGGUGGGCAUCCUGGCUUUCCUAUUGGACAAUACAGUAUCAGGGUCUCCAUCAGAGAGGGGACUUGACUCAGCUGAGAUGCAGAAGAGAGGAUGCGCAUCAGUCAACAGCGACCCAGGGCAUCACCAGGAAGUAUCACCAGGAAGUAUCACCAGGAAGUAUCACCAGGAAGUGGCGUUAGUUUAUGAAUCCCCUUACCUCCUGAGAAGACUGUGGCGCUUACCUGGGUUCAGGGCGGCCCCCUUCUCUGCCUGUAGGAUCGCAGAUGAUGGAGACAUACUUUAAGGUCAUAUUGGAGUAGAGUAGGUCACAUUUUACAGUUUAAAGUUGUGUGGUAUUGAUACAAUUGUGGCUGGGGCAUGAUAAUACAUACUGUAUGUAAAGGACGGUGGACAAUAGGCAUAAUAUGGUAUUAGCCAAUGACGUAUACAAACGUAUAAUAAUGUAUAUGACAUACUGUAUAUGAAAUGUAAUGUAUGUCUACAUAGUUAGUGACCUGAACAGAGUUUGCUUGUAUGAUAGUGGGUUUGUAUUGAUGGAGCAUUGGCAUAGCUGUAGGAAGAUGUUUUGAGUUGGGGGUACCCUUUAUAAUAAAUAAUUGCAUGAAUCUAUAA